AUGGUGCUGAAGCUGCUUGUACGUUGUCCCGAAGGGCAGCAGUUCCUCACAAUCACGGAGCGUCCAGCGGACAUGACCGUGGAAGCAUUGGCCAAGCAGAUCUCACGAGAGUCCAAGGUCGUCGGGGUCUCGCUCGUGUCCGCGCCAGGCCUUCAGAAGAAGUUCCUCAACGACGUAGGGGAAGCGUCUUACUUUGUGCUUCCGGGCUACGCCAAGGUGCAGCAUGUGUUGAGCGAGCUGGAUCUGGUGCAUGUGCAUGCCGAACACGUGUACACGACCGCGGACGCACGCAAGCAGGCAGCUGUGCCUGUAACUCCUGGCGACAACAACCAACCCAAGCGAAAGCAGCCGCAUCCGUCACACGAUGAUGCCACCGUGGAAACGAAGAAGGCCAAGGCGGCGGCUCCCGACAAGACGGCCACCAUAAACAAGCCGUUGGAAGCUGUUUCGAAGAAGCAAGCGGCAACCACGACCAACCCCGCCACGACCAACCCCGCCAACAAGGCGGUCGCUCCUACCACGACCACGACGUCCACUACGGAGCAGCCAUCGACCAAGAGCAAGAAGAAGAAGAAGAACAAAUCUUCCGCUGCUUCCGCCGCUGCAUUGGCUCCAACGACUGACGUCGAAAAGGUUAUUGAACCUGCAGCCAAAGCUGGCCUAGCUAAGAAGCCCACAGCCGACGUUGUCGCUGACUCGGUGCCUCAAGAGCCGGUCGCGAAGAAGGCGAACGCGGCAGGGAAGGACGCCAAGACCAAGGCUACCGGGGCGGAUGGCGCUGCCGACCAACCCGCCGCCGCCACUGCCACUGCUGCUGGCAGUAAGCUUACAAAGAAACAAGCAGCCGCCAAAGCUGCUGCGGACAAGGUCGUUCCCGUGGAUGUGCCUGCUGUGGAUGUGCCUGCUGUGGACACCACCACCACCCCUGCAACAGUAGUUGCUAAAACGACACCCAAGGCGAAGAAAGUGUCGCCAGCGAAAAAAAAGGCGGACAAAGCAGCUACCGGUCAGGCGGCUGUUGAACCACCUACGACGGCUGCACCUACGAAGGCUACACCUACGAAGGCUGCACCUACGAAGGCUGCACCUACGACGCCUAGCGCUGCGAAUGGGGCCAAAGUUGCCCCGGAAGCCAAGAAGUCCAAAGCCAAGGCCGCGCCAACAGCUGACACUAUCGUGGACGUCAUUGCUACUUCCAACCAAGAAGAACCAGUAACAACCACGAGUCCAUCGUCAUCAUCUGGACAAGACAUCGAUUCUCCGCUUGUCGUGCCCAACCAAACCCCGCCAGCGAAGAAGAACCAGGCGGCCAACUUCGAACAUGAAUCCGCUGAACACUCCACGACGACAGUGGCGGCGGCUAAGAAGGGCACGAAAGCACGAGCUGAUGCUGCCAAGGCAAAGAAGGAGGUCCCAGCUACAUCUGACGAGGCGGCGUCAGCUCUCCCCAAAAAGCGAGGCCGACCUGCCUUUACCCCCGAGCAAAAGGAAGAAGCUGCCCGCGCACGCUUAGCCAAGUCUGUGGCCAGCAAGGCGACUGUCGUGUUGGACGGCGAUGACGACUCGGAUGAUGACGAUAUUCCCCUUGUCAAGAAGGCGAAAGCGACCAAGAAAGCCACGGGGUCUAAUACCUCGGACAAGAGCCCCAAGACCCCAACCAAAAAGGACACGGAGAAAUCGCGCAAGCCGCCGGUGGCGCGCAAGGUGGUGGCGUCGACGCCGCCGCCGCCCCCGUUUGCCAAAGCCGCCCCGACGACGGAAUCGGCCCUCGCGCGACUGGCGGCUCAAAUGCCGGCCGACUCGGAUGAUGAUUCGGAUCAGGAAGCGCUGGUGAAGCCAGUAGCAGCAGCAGCUGGGACGAAGAAGAACAAGAAGAACGUGGACGAGGACAAGGUUGCGCUCAAGAAGAGGCCAAAAUCCAAAGAAACCAAGGCGAAUAGCAGUGGAAAGAACCUCACCAAGGCGACAGUGUUCGACUCGAUCGCUCAAGCCAACAAGCGGCUGAGUAUGACUGGAGACUUGGAACUGUCCAAUGCGCCCAAUCCGUUUCAAAAGACCAAAAAGCAACCGGUUAGCAGCGUCAUUUCGCUCUAGAUUUGUAUGUGUUGUUGUGGGACAUUCAGUAGUUUUGCAUGUAAAAUCAACACGAUCAUGAUACCUACUGA